GUCAUGUGCGGUUACGUCAUUGGCUACCCAACAUGCGCGAGCCGAGCCGCAUGCAACUGAGAUGAUCGCUCCCUUUUCUUCUUCUUCUAUCUCUUUCUUUCAUCCUCAUUAUUAUUCCCACUACUGCUUGUUACUUGCGUAUAUCUGGUACACGGCAAGCCCAAAAUACCUGCCCAAUCGCCUUCUGUCCUUUUAACGGAUAAUCCUCCCUCCCGCCCGGGGAAGCUUAUUUAUCGUAAUUUCUGUGAACGACGACGCGGCUUGGUGAACCAUCCGUCAAACCUUUGGGCCUUCCCCUGAGUCGCGUGUGAUCGGAGUGGGGCUGGAAUUAGUUAACAUCUCAUCCCCCAGCUAGAAUAAGAACUGAACCGGUAAAAGCAAUUAUGCGAGACCAACCCCAUGCCAGACAGCCAAGCGGCGAUAGUACGCAAAAGCGGCCAAAAGGCAUCCUCAAGAACAGGUCAUCUUCACAAUCCACCCCUCCUCAAACAUCGCCAAUCUUCUCAGGUGGUACCAUAAGCCACCAACCUCCCGUCGACACCAAAGAGCUCACCCUUCAAAACACGUUACAAAACGCUGGCCGCACCCCCACCAGCACCCGAUCUUCAAUAUCCCGCCGCCAAUCAUCCGCCUCAGGCCCGAACGGCCGCAUCCACCAUGCUGGCGGCGAUGGCGAUAACUCCCCCCGCCUGAAAUGGGAUGAAGUAAACCUUUAUCUCACCGAACAAGAGCGAACGUCAACCAUGAAGAUCGACGAGCCGAAAACCCCUUACGCCCCCCGCUAUAUCCCGGACGAAGAUGAGGAUGACUCCGACGUGGAGAUGGGCAUCGAUGCCGGCGACCUCGCCGUUGAUGAGCUGGAUAUGUAUGGGGCCCGCAAGCAUGGUGGUGUUCGCGAUGAUGACAUUCCCGGUCUAGAGCUUGGGGAACCGGAGGGGGCUGGGUGGGGGGAAGGCGUGCCCGGCGGGUCGGGGAGAAUUACGCACGGCAGUAGUCGUCGCAUGAGCGAUGGCAGUCCAGGACGGUCGGGGAAGCAUGUUGUUGUCGGGGAGGAUGGGAGUGCGGAUGACCGUGCUGCAGAUGAUCAUAGCCCGGAAGCCAGCAGGAAACAUCAUGAGUUUGAGGAGAAGCGGAAGAAGCACUAUGAGAUGAGCAUGGUGAAGGAGUUGCUUGGGCAUCCCGAGGACAUCGAUGCCCUUGCAGGAGACGAGGAUGAUGAUGAGGAGGGGCAAUCCAAUGGCGGAAGGGGGCAAAGCAAUGGCGCACAGCAACAGCAGCAACAGCAACAGCAACAACCCCCGACCAUGCCAAAUAUUCCAGAUGAUUUGACAAAUACCCAGCCCCAGCGAUGAUUAUUUUAUUUGAUUUACUUUUUUUUUCUCCCUGAAAUAUCUCUCUGCUGUACCUCGUUCUUCCUUUCUGAUUCCCAAAAACCUCCCCGUAAACGAAAUCUCCGUACACCAACCGAACCGUAUAUUCUGCGUGCGAUAAGCUUUGCAUCGAACUUGAUUUCACUGUUCUAAACAAUUGAUCUGAUUUGAUGUGAUGUGAUUUGAUGUUGCCAAUAACCACCUAUAACCACCCAUCGAAUAAUAAUGUCACUUAUAACGUCUCAAACCUGCCGAUUCAUAUAUAUAUUUCCUCCCCCCUUUUCUUUCUUCUUCCGCAUGGGGUACUUACUGUACUCCCCUUCUUCCUCAAUGCGAAAAUUGUUACGAUAGACUGGAGCUCUAAUAUACACCUCUGCCUACAUACAUACAUGCCUGGCUCUGGCUCUUGUCUGUCUCUGCCCAAUUUUUCCCAUCUCCAUCUGCAGUCUGCUCUGCCCGGUUAGAGUCCACAUUUCAUGUCUUACCUACCACCACUACCCCUGAAUGAUUUUCAUGCUUCUUUCCCGCUUCCGUCCUCCGAUUCCCAUUGUCCAACUUUGAUAAAGUGUAGUGAUGAUGAAGACGGCUGACGACUCGUGUAUGUAUUGUACAUGUACAUUGAAAAAAAUAAACCAUGUCCAAAGCAAGCUGGGUGAGGUGAAGGGCUGGUGCUUUCUCACUUUGUUGUCCUCUUUCUUCUAUAGUUUUAAUUUAUUUAGCCAUUAACUAUUUUAUAUCUCCAACCUAGAAACUCCCGCGUUAUCGUUUCAUUGAGACUCCUGUAUGCUCCGGGUCUAUGUGCGGUACUUGUACUCACGUAUGUCAGAUGUGCAUAUAGGCCCAGUACUUAACUCUUGUUGUUUGUUCGAUUUCAUAUUAUAUAUAUAUAUAGCUUGCAAAGUAGGGAAUUGGCAGCUUUCUUUCUGUCGUGUCUCUCCUGCUUUUCAUCUACCUACAAUACCCCCUGACUUAAUCCCUCUCAACUUUUGCACUGUGCAUAUCUAUCU